AUGUCCACCAAAGAAACUCGCAGCAACUGCGUCUCCCGCACCCCCAGCGCAGCCUCUCGCGGUCCGGCCUGUGACAAGAAAACGCCCACAGCGCCCCCUCGGGCGGCGGGCGGCAGUGCAAGGGGGCAGGGGGGCGGAGGCGGCGGCGGCGGCGCCCGCGGAGGCUCCCGGCCCCCGGGAGAGCUGGAGUACCGGGCCCGGGGCUCCUGCUACAGGGAGGAGCCGCUCUGUUUCAAACUCGACAGCUGCGUCGUAGGGGCGGUCAUAGGUCGGGGUGGAGCAAAAAUAAAAGAAAUUCAAGACUCAACGGGUUCUCAAAUUCAGAUAAUAAAAGGGGAUCUUGAGUCAGAAACCAGAAUAUAUGGCAACAAGGAGAACCAGAAAUCAGCUAAGUUAAUGAUAGAGGAAAUAGUAAAAAAAAUAGAAAAGUAUUCUAAAGAGGACACAAAAACUGGAAACACUUUGAAAUCAUCCUGUAAUGAAAAUAGCCCAGAGAAAAAAGUGCCAGUGAUUGAUUGGGAGGCUAUUAAACAGGACCACCUGCACUAUAUUAAAACAAAGUGGGACGGUCUUCCCCCAAUUAAGAAAGAUUUCUACAUAGAAUCUUCAAAGACAAAAUUAAUGUCACAAACACAAGUAGAUAAGUGGAGGGAAGAAAACAAUAAUAUAAUAUGUGAUGACUUAAGAAAAAAUGAAAAACGUAUAAUUCCCAAUCCAGUAUGUACAUUUGAAGAUGCAUUUGAUCAUUAUCCUGAUGUUAUGGCUAAUAUAAAGAAAGUAGGUUUCACAAGACCUACACCUAUACAGUCACAAGCAUGGCCAAUAAUAUUAAAAGGAAUUGAUCUAAUUGGCAUUGCCCAAACUGGCACAGGAAAGACUUUGGCCUAUUUAAUGCCAGGAUUUAUUCAUCUUGACCUGCAGCCAGAAACCAGGGAGAAAAGGGGUGGUCCUGGAAUGCUUGUGCUGACACCAACCAGAGAAUUGGCUCUACAAGUCGAGAGUGAAUGUAAAAAAUACACUUAUAAAGGGAUUAAAAGCAUUUGUAUAUAUGGUGGUGGAGACAGAAGAGGUCAGAUUGAACAUGUUACUAAGGGUGUAGAUAUUGUCAUUGCUACCCCUGGUAGACUCAAUGAUCUUCAAAUGAAUGAAUUCAUCAACCUAAAUAGCAUCACAUAUUUGGUUCUAGAUGAGGCUGAUAAAAUGUUAGAUAUGGGGUUUGAACCUCAAAUAAUGAAGAUUUUAUUAGAUGUACGGCCAGAUAGACAAACUAUUAUGACCAGUGCUACUUGGCCUGAUGCUGUACGUCGCCUUUCACAAAAAUAUUUGAACAAUCCAAUGAUUGUUUAUGUUGGAACCCUGGAUCUUGCCGCUGUGAAUACUGUAAAACAGAAAAUAAUCAUAACCACAGAACAAGAGAAGCCUUCUCUUAUACAUUCCUUCAUUGAUUCAAUGAAGCCUGAAGAUAAAGUAAUUAUUUUUGUAGGGAGAAAACUUAUUGCUGAUGACAUAUCCAGUGAUCUGAGCAUUAAGGGUUUACCUGUACAGUCAUUACAUGGUAAUCGAGAACAAAGUGAUCGUGAACGAGCAUUGAACGAGUUUAAAACAGGAAUAGUAAGAAUAUUGAUAGCUACAGAUCUGGCAUCACGAGGUCUUGAUGUCUUAGACAUUACCCAUGUUUUCAACUUUGAUUUUCCUCGAAACCUUGAGGAGUACGUCCAUAGAGUAGGACGUACUGGAAGAGCUGGGCAUACAGGGGAAUCAAUUACCCUACUAACUAGGAACGAUUGGAAAAUAGCUGGUGAAUUAAUCAAUAUUUUGGAGAGAGCCAACCAGGAAAUUCCAAACGAGCUUACAUUAAUGGCCAAACGAUAUAAACAACACAAACAGAAAAAAGAUGAAGAGAGAAACAUGGCAAGAACUCAUGGAAGGACAAGAAACGUUUAUUGAUCCUGGAAGCAUAUACAAUCCAGGGAACAACUUACUUUUGGGGUUGUUGCCUUUCAACUUAGCAAAAGCUGAACAAUUAGCAUCGGAAGAAAGACAAUUCUGGGGUUUAGAGGUUUUUUUUUUUUUUUUGCUUUUUUAAAAAAAUAUUGUCAGGAAACAAGAGUAUUACAAAUUUCUGAUUGAACAUUGAAAGUUCAGAUCUGAAUGGAAGUAAAGAAAAUCUGACUUGCAUAUGAAGGGAACGGUUCAAUCGUCAAUAUAAUGUUUAAAGAGAUCAUCUUGGAACAUCUUAGAACAUUUUUGUACUUCGUUUAAUAAAAUCAAAAGUAUUUUAAAAACGUUUGGGCUCUUUGGAGUCUUUCCUUUUUCUGAUUCC